UUAAUCAGAAACGCUGAAUGGAAACCAAUCAGAUAGAGAGUUCCUUCGGCUUCAGCUUCCUGCCUGUCUGAGUUAAAAGUGAUGCUCGCUGUAACAGGAAGGCACAUUGAGACUCAGGAAGAUUCAGCUGAGAAGAUACUAUAAAAAGAGAAGAGAAGGAAUGAGAGAGAAGCAACGCCGGGAUCGUCAGCGCUGAGCAGGGCUAAACUCAAUUUCAUUGCGGAACAAGGGAAAAAGACAGUACAUUGAAUUUGUUUUCCUGCGGAAGCCACAAAUAAUGAGGACUUAUCAUUGCCUAUCACUAUUCAUCUGGACCUAUAUGUAUCAUACAACUGAUGCUCUCCCAUUUCAAGAAAAAGGUAACAGUGAUUUACCAAGUGAAAGAAUACUGGGUCUGACACAAGAUGAUGGUAAAAUGCUACAUCGCACCAAGCGUGGCUGGAUGUGGAAUCAGUUCUUCUUGUUGGAAGAGUAUACAGGUACAGACACACAAUACGUAGGCAAGCUUCACACUGACCAAGAUAAAGGAGAUGGAAAUUUAAAAUACAUAUUAACAGGAGAUGGGGCUGGCAGUCUAUUCGUCAUAGAUGAAAACACAGGAGAUAUUCAUGCGGCAAAGAAACUAGACAGAGAAGAAAAGUCCCUUUACGUUCUUCGUGCCAAGGCUAUAGACAGAAAGACCGGGCGGCAGGUGGAGCCUGAAUCUGAAUUUAUAAUUAAAAUUCAUGAUAUCAAUGACAAUGAACCAAAAUUCACAAAAGAAUUGUACACUGCCAGUGUUCCUGAAAUGUCUGGAGUCGGUACAUCUGUUAUACAAGUGACUGCAACAGACGCAGAUGACGCCAACUAUGGAAAUAGUGCCAAAGUGGUCUAUAGCAUAUUGCAAGGACAGCCAUAUUUUUCAGUAGACCCAGAAUCAGGUAUAAUAAAAACUGCAUUACCAGACAUGAGCAGAGAAAACAGAGAGCAGUACCAAGUGGUUAUACAAGCCAAAGACAUGGGAGGCCAGAUGGGAGGACUUUCUGGGACCACCACAGUCAACAUCACUCUGACAGACGUCAACAACAACCCUCCUCGAUUUCCCCAGAGUACGUAUCAAUUUCAUUCUCCUGAGUCUGUACCUCUUGGAACUCCUCUUGGAAGGAUAAAAGCCAAUGACCCUGACAUGGGGGAAAAUGCUGAGGUGGAAUACAGCAUUGCUGAAGGAGAUGGAGCAGACGUGUUCGAUGUCAUCACUGACAAGGAUACACAGGAAGGGAUUAUAACUGUCAAACAGAAUUUAGAUUUUGAAAACAAGAUGCUGUACACUUUAAAAGUGGAUGCAAGUAACACUCACCCUGAUCCACGAUUCUUACACUUGGGACCUUUCAAGGACACAGCUGUGGUUAAAAUAUCUGUGGAAGAUGUAGAUGAGCCUCCUGUGUUCAGUAAAGUCUUCUAUUUGAUAGAAGUAGAUGAAGAUGUAAAGGAAGGCAGCAUCAUUGGACAGGUGACAGCAUAUGACCCAGAUGCCAUGAACAAUUUAAUAAAGUAUUCUGUUGAUCGGCAUACUGACAUGGACCGGAUUUUCAGUAUUCACUCAGAAAAUGGCUCUAUUUUCACUUUGAAGCCUCUAGACAGGGAAUCAACUCCUUGGCACAAUAUAACCGUCACAGCUACAGAAAUAAAUAACUCAAAACAAAGUAGCCACAUUCCUGUCUUCAUCAGAAUUCUUGAUAUAAAUGACCACGCUCCAGAAUUUGCCAUGUACUAUGAAACAUUUGUUUGUGAAAAUGCAAAACCUGGGCAGUUGAUUCAGACUGUCAGUGUCAUGGACAAAGAUGAUCCUCCCCGAGGCCACAAAUUCUUUUUUGAACCAGUGCCAGAAUUCCCCCUCAAUCCAAACUUCACCAUUGUAGACAAUAAAGAUAAUACAGCAGGAAUCAUGACCCGAAAAGACGGGUACAGCCGCAGCAAAAUGAGCACGUAUUUGCUGCCAAUUUUAAUUUUUGACAAUGAUUAUCCGAUUCAAAGCAGCACCGGCACACUCACCAUUCGUGUGUGUGCUUGUGAUAAUCAAGGAAACAUGCAGUCCUGCAGUGCUGAAGCCUUGGUCCUCUCUGCUGGCCUGAGCACUGGAGCUCUCGUUGCCAUCCUCCUCUGCGUCAUCAUACUGCUUGUUUUAGUUGUGCUUUUUGCUGCAUUGAAGAGGCAAAGAAAAAAGGAACCUCUGAUAAUUUCAAAAGACGAUGUCCGGGACAACAUCGUGACCUAUAACGAUGAAGGUGGCGGGGAAGAAGAUACCCAAGCUUUUGACAUCGGCACUUUAAGGAAUCCAGAAGCAAGAGAAGAUAGUAAACUUAGAAGGGAUGUAAUGCCUGAAACAAUUUUUCAGAUAAGGAGGACUGUACCUCUGUGGGAAAAUAUUGACGUACAAGAUUUUAUCCAUCGAAGACUAAAAGAAAAUGACUCAGACCCAAGUGCACCUCCUUAUGAUUCACUGGCAACUUAUGCCUAUGAAGGGAAUGAUUCCAUAGCAGAUUCCCUCAGUUCUUUGGAAUCUCUUACAGCAGAUUGUAACCAAGAUUAUGAUUACCUCAGCGACUGGGGGCCUCGUUUUAAAAAACUUGCUGAUAUGUAUGGGGGUGAUGAUAGUGACCGAGAUUGAGUAUGGUAUGACUUCACGGAUGUCGGUGGAAGUACUCUCUUUGCUACUAGAUGGAGUGGCCUGCAUUCUCUUCCUUGGAGGAAAUUUUUAAAAAGUUAAAAUUACAAACAAUACGUAGGUGUUGUCUUAGUAAGAGUUUGCUUAAUCAGUAAGUUUCUGUGAAUGAAUAUGAAUGACAUAGAUUUUAAAAAGUAAUAAUAACCAGUUCACCCUCUUUGCCUAACAAUCUCUGAAGGAAAGUAUAUCACAUCAAUAAUCGAUAACAUAUACAUAAAAGGCUUUUUGUGCCUUUUCUUAGAUAUAAGAACUUUAUAAAUAAUGUUUUCUUAACUGACUUACAGUCACCUUUACUAUUAAAUGAAACAUUGUGCAACUGCUUUGUAAAUUAAUAUAAAAAAAUAUAUCCCUAAAGAAAUAGGAAUGACUAUUACUGCCAUAUUUAUUUAGUU